AUGGAAUCCAAAAGAAAUGGUGUGUUUUCUGAAUUCGAUGGAUUUCCUUGGCAUAAUUUACCUCGAAAGGAGCGCGUUUGUAAUAUAUUAAGGCAUUAUACUUCGCUAAGAUCCCAUGCUGACAAAGAAAAGUUUUAUGCUUUUCUAAAGGAUACACUUCAAAAGUUUGAAUCUUCUGAGAAUGAUACUAACUAA